AUGAAAUUCGUUUCUUUGUUCACCAUCUUUUUCAUACAACAUUUUUCAUCCAGUGCUCUCAGCAAGUCGAUCUUGACUACAAGGAUCGAUGAUGGAAAUAGUCAUGAUCUAACCAGAAGGAGCAUCGAUGAAGUUCAAAGAAAUCAUGAUCAGCUACUUCUUGAGAGAUACCGCAAGCAUAUCGGCUGGUUUAAAAUGCUACGAAGAGUUAUUCGAGAUAAUCUUGACUUCAGAAGAAAGAACUGA